AGCCUUUCCAGGAGGCGACGAGAGGCGGAGCGGGGCCGGAGCCGGGCCCGCUUUGUACCCGGGGCUCGCACCGCCCCGCUGCCCGCAGAGGAAGCGGCCGCUCCCGCGGGUGUCCGGCCCGGCCAUGGCGGAGGCGGGAGCCCGCGGGCGGCUCCUGCGCUGGCCCCGCGUCCUCCUCUUCGGAGACUCCAUCACCGAGUACUCCUUCCAGGAAAAUGGCUGGGGGGCAUACCUUGCUGAGAGACUGGUCAGAAAGUGUGAUGUUGUGAACCGUGGGAUCUCGGGGUACAACACCAGAUGGGCUAAAUUGAUUCUUCCAAGACUGAUCACUGAAAGUACUAGUGCUGACAGUAUUGCUGCAGUUACUAUUUUCUUUGGAGCUAAUGACAGUGCUUUGAAAGAGCUGAACCCCAAGCAGCACGUUCCCUUGGAGGAGUACGCCGCCAACCUGCGGAGCAUGGUGCAGUACCUGAAGUCAGUAGACAUUACUGCGGACAGGAUUAUUUUGAUAACACCACCACCUCUUCAGGAAUCAGCAUGGGAAAAGGCAUGUCUUGCCAAAGGUGACAAACUGAACCGCUGCAAUGCCACCACCGGGCAGUACGCCCAGGCCUGCGUCCAGGUCGCCAGGGAAUGCGGCACGGACGUGCUCGACCUCUGGACCCUCAUGCAGAAGAAUCAGGAUUUCUCUUCCUAUUUGUCUGAUGGCCUUCAUUUAUCAACAAAAGGCAACAGCUUUCUGGCAGCUCAGCUUUGGUCACGCCUGGAGAACAAACUGUCUUCUCUUCCUUCUCUGCUUCCUUAUUGGCGUGACGUGGACCACAUGAACCCCGAGGCCAGUCUUCUGUGACAUCCCUGCAGGGAGGAGCCGGGGCAGCCACGCCAGGCAGAGCCAGCUCAUUAUGCAGCAAGGUGCUGCAAACUGUAUCCUCAGGGAACACGGCACUGGGGAGUCCCCAGCAAUGCUCUUCUCUGUCCCCUUCUCUUGGUCUGGGGGAGAAUAAACGUGAGACCACUUGGGGGGUGUCCUGAGGUGGUUUUUCUUAUGCUGCUGUUGCCAGGAUAGCUGUGGGGAUAAGUAGCUCUUUGCUGGAGGACUCAGAAGAAAAUGAGUCUCAGCUGUGAUGUGGCCAAGGGAUAGAGGCUGCCCUCAGCAGUUCCUGGCUUUGCUGAGCUUUGAGGACUGCACUAUGAUUAGUAACAGCUACUUGCUUUAAACACAGAGUAGCUCAUAAGAGGCAGUAGUGUGGAGUUUGUCAAGAGCCAUUAGUGUCAGUCCAAAUUAAUUUAUUUGGAUGUAAUACAGCAGGAACAGCAGUCCCCUAAAUUUUACUGUGGCUUUGGUAGUGAGUGAUAGAGAGUAGUUUAGAACAGGGCUUUUAAAAUUUAAUUUACUCUGGCACCAGCAGCAGCUUCUUUAUACUCAGCUCUUCUGUAUAGGCACAGGUUUCAGACCAGUGCAUGUUUUUGGGCAAUAUAAGACUGGUGAUAGAUGACCUUGGAGAAACUACUAGAAAAGGUCUGUAUCUCUGCUGACAAAGCUGCACUGUAUGUCAUUUGCCAUCAAGUUAAGAAGACCUUUCAGGUGAGUUGUUAAAGUAAUUUUACAACUCAUGUAACAGAUAAGGGCUGCAGACUAUGCAGGUUUUGGCCAAGAAAACACAAACAACAAAACUGCCUUUACAAACAAACAAACAAACAAAAAACCAAAAAACAUUGUCUGCAAUCUAAAUGAAAUUCAACAAGUGUGGAAAAAAUGGGUUGUCUAGCAAGCCAGAUAGCAGCAAAAACGAGGCUACAACUAACCAUUCAUAAAAAUCAAAUGGUGUAUCACUGCAAAUAUAACCCCUCCAUACUUCUGGGCUGUAUUAACAGUUACAUUGACAUGGAACAAGUGUGCUUAUCGUGUAGGGGGUGAGAGUAAUGAGAGGCUCUCAUGCUGUCCUGCACUGUUAGUGCCAUUAGACUGCCUUUGCUUUGUGAAAUCAUUAAGACAAACUGGCCAAGAUCUGUCAUCUACUAUGUAACAGUGUUAUAAACUGAACCAUAAGUAUUUUUCAUGUGCCUGGAACCAGCACAGAAGUGAGUUUGAUAUAUAAAUAUUUAUGAGUAUUAA